UGCAGCUUUAAACACGUUUUCUUUAUUAUUGUUUGGUGUUAUUCAAACCGCGGCGGAGGCCGUGUUUGUGUGUCCAGUAUGAGCGGAGGUUUGGCACCGAGCAAAAGCACCGUGUACGUGUCCAACCUGCCAUUCUCUCUCACCAAUAAUGACCUGCACAAGCUCUUCACCAAAUAUGGAAAGGUUGUAAAGGUUACAAUCGUGAAAGAUAAAGACACUCGCCAGAGUAAAGGUGUGGCGUUUGUUCUCUUCCUGGACAGAGAAUCUGCUCAUAACUGUGCAAGAGCAGUGAACAACAAACAGCUGUUUGGCAGAACAGUGAGGGCGAGCAUCGCCAUAGACAACGGGCGAGCGACUGAGUUUAUAAGGAGACGGAACUACACAGACAAGACUAAAUGUUACGAAUGUGGGGAUACAGGUCAUCUGAGCUAUGCGUGCCCCAAAAACAUCCUGGGUGAGAGGGAACCUCCAAAGAAGAAAGAAAAGAAAAAGAAGAAAAGAGAUCAACAACCUCAACACGUUGAAGAAGAAGAAAGUGAAGAAGAGGGAGAGGACCCAACCUUAGAUAGUCUAAGCCAAGCCAUAGCUUUUCAGCAAGCCCAUAUGGAGGAAGAGGAGGAGACACGGAGGAAGCAGGUGCUUUUGUCUCAAGAGGACGGCGCUCACGCUUCAACAUCCUCAGACUCUAAGAAACCACGGAUCAAAAAGAGUGCAUACUUUAGUGAUGAGGAGGAACUCAGCGACUAAUAACACACAGUUUGGACAUGUUUAAAAAUGUGCUUCCAUGAACACUGAUUUUUUUCCCCCCUUUCUUUCUGUACAUAAGACAUUUUUGUGUUUCUAAUAAAUACUGCUCAUGAGUCGAUUUAUUAAGCGUGUGUGCGAGAGAUGUUUUUCAGUGUCACUCAAUAAAAUGUUUUUUUUCUAAUGACAAAUGAAUUGUUAGUU